ACAGCAGCUUUUCUUCCUUCUACCUGCUUCCGUCAUGUUGUCGCGCGUCACGAGGGUGAAGAGUCUGUCAGGAGAAACAGCGCGAAAGUUUGCGUCGGCGGAACAAUAAUGCUUUAGAAAACAAGGGUGUUUCUACCUUCCCACGUUUAAACAAUAUUAAGGAACCGAGCUAUGCCGCGGUGAACGUAUGUAACCGGCGGUGAAUUGUGCUUUGUGACAAUGCUGGAAGUACGAGAAUUCUCGUAAAGGAUGUGACCCUGCAAGCUUACAUCCACUGGUCUUGGGAAAGGCUCUGCGUCCACCUUAGCCGUGUCCAGGAUAAAAAAAAGUACUAAAGAUGAUUGAAUAAAUGGCCUGUCAGCAAUGGACAGUCCGUGUUCUGUGAACCGACGGCAGGCAUGGGCUCAGUGUAGCCGUCAGUGGCUCACAGUGGAAGAUACAGAGCCGAAUGCAUCUGCAUCCAGCAACGUAAAUACAACUCCAGCUACACAGCUUUCUCUACAAGAUGAAGUCUUUCCUGAUGGAUGCUCUACAGGAAAGAUUGAAACCUGGCUCCAAAGCUGUGGAAAUGAAGCCAGUCAAGAGAACCCAAGCCAACUCACUGUGGAAACUUUAUUGAAGCCUGCUAACAGUUUUGAGGAUGAUUUGAGCCUCGGGGCUGAAGCUAUAGGAUUAGAUGUCGGAUUGCGUGAUGAUGAGUUUGGGCACUGUCCAUUGCUCCUGCCCCCUCCUAAAUCACGCCGCAAAGAUUUGCACACAAGCAGCACUCCUCAGCAAAGGCUUAAUCUGCCAUUCAGAAACUUGGGCCACAGUAUGGCAUCUAGCAUCUUCUCAUCCACCACCAGUAAGACUGCUUCAAGUGUUUCUGAGGUCCUGCAGAUGUGUGCUGAGGACGCAGAGGAGACAUUGUACCACUUAGGAUUUGGUUGCGAGGAGCCACAAGUAACAGCCCGUAUACCAGCUCGUUUCUUCACUUUCCCGUCACAGCUCAGAGGCAUCAACUUCCGCCUGUUUCUUGAGUCACAGCUCCGCCGCAUUCGUGAAGAGGACCCCAGUCUCUCACUUGCUAGUCGUUUCCGUCAGGUGGAGGUAUUAACAGCCAUGGCUAAUGCUUUCUAUUCUCUCUACUCCCACGUAUCACGAACGCCACUUCAGAAGCUGGCACCCCCUGAAUUCAGCUUUUCUUCACCCACUGUGGAGCGAAGCAUUGGUCAGCGCUUCUUUGGCAAUGUCCGCACUGAACCGCGCUCUCCUGUGGAGCGUCUCAAAGACACUGUGUCCAAGAUGUGCUUAUACACCCGUGGCUCAGACUCUACCUCUCCAAACUGUUCUCCUCGCAAGAGGAACAGCCUCCCUGAUGUGGUUGAAGUGGUAGUGGGGAAUGUGAGGGGUGAAGGGACCCAUGACCAGAGUAAGAGGAUGUGGAUAAAAGAAGGCAACACAACUCAGAAGGUGAAAGUUGAAAAGCCUUUACAGCAUGCUGAAAUGAAAGACCCUGAGAAAACUACUAGUGCACAUAAGCAAAGGAUCCAGCGCUGGUCACAGUCAGGACAGAGAGAAGGUCCUAGAGCAAAGGGCUCCCUGUUUAAUUCAGACUGUGCAUCUUUGGAAUUGAGGCAUACUCAGAUUUCUAAGGAUACAGACAUGGAUGAAGAUUCCUCCAAUUCUAAUUUGCUUCCGGAUUCCUCAGAAGAUCCUGCUGAAAUGAAUUCACCAGCUCUCAUUAUUACUUUUGAUAUAGUUUCCCCUCAUGUAGUGGAGCAUGUGCAUAAAGCACCUUAUGGGUGUCCAGAGAUGCAUAGUGUAUCUACAACGGGUUUAUCAACCUCUGGUUCUAUGCACAGGCCAGACUCAUGUCCUAGGACACUAGAACACAAGCCAAGCAUCACAGAUAUAAAAUCAUCUCCAGUACAGAACAAGGAUGAGCUUAUGGUGGAAGUUACUUCAAAGACUUUUCAAGGUGAUCCGGUGUCCCUCCAGGCCAGCGUCACACAAGGGUCACCAUGUCAGAUCAUGGUUACUGGAUGGGAGGAUGAUGACUCUAUUCUCCACAGAGACUCAUUUGAGGAUUAUACACAUUUCAUGUACCCUUGUACCACUGCGCACAUGCAUUCAUCCCAGUCAGACCAGCAGAGGUUCCUGAGCCCCAGCAACCCCUCAACUAACCAGAUCUGCCACCUCAAGCAGGCCAACUCCUUUGAGUUGGAGGAGUUGAGUUUGGGGGAAGAGGAGAACAUAUCAGUGGAGCAAAGCAGUGCAUACACACUGUCAGUUACAGCAUCUACGCAUCAGAAAGGUUCAACCAUGAGAGGGGACAGUUUCCAGUCAGACAGCAGUGGAUAUGCUGAAGAGGACAUGCAAAAUGUACUGACCUCCACUAAUAGAGAGAUUAGCUGAAGACCAAAACCCACAGAUCAUUUAAUGAUCUGUUUUAAGGUGUUUUUCCCACAGUCUUAAAAAAAACCCCAAAAAAACAAAACCUUGUAUUUCCGUUGAAAAGAUAUUACAACUGCAGCAGAAGACGGAGAUAACAUUUGGCCAUUUGAAUGUACUUCAGUUAAGCAGUACUGAUGAUAAAUAUUUGUUAGUGGUUUUUUUUUUUCUUUGUGUGAUUGUGCAGCUGCAGAUGAUUUGAAUAUUUAUUUUAUGGUAAAGUAUUUAUUUGCACAUCAAUUCUAAUAUAAUUUGAGUGUUUUAACGUUUGUUUGGGUUGGUUGUAAAAUAAGUGAGCAUGAAACAUGAAUCGACACUGAAUUAAAACAUCUUUAUUAUUAGUUGUAAGACCUUACAACUCUAAAACUGAUCAAAUUAAUUUUCUGUACAUUUCUGCUCAAAACUGAUUAUGACCUAAAGACUUGAGCUCACAAUUUACUAACUUUAUUAAAUUCAUGCAGUGCCUUAUAAUUGACCAUAAAAGGAAUUGGCAAUUUGGACCCAAUAACCAAAUAAAUGUGGAGGUAGGUUUAAUUGGAAUCUGAAUUAGAAGUAAGGUACAAUUCUUGUUAUUAAAAAUCCUGGCAAGGCAAACUGUUACGUUAAAAACUUUUGUAUCUAUACAAUAAUUUAGAGUAAUAUUACCUUAAAAUGUCAGUUAAAGGGAAGAAAUUUUAGGAUAAUUUAAAAACAAAAUCAAAUUCAUCACAUGGAGGUAGUACAAAAGCAAGGCCUUCAGUUAAAACCAGUCCUUAAAUAUUUUAGGAUACAAAAGACCUCAUCACUUCAUCUUAUAGCUCAGGGGAACAAGUCAAGUGUCUCUGGGGCAUUACAAAUGGUUUGCCAACAUGAGGUGUCUAGAACAUCCCAUAAGCCCCCUGUUUACUGUACUGUAGGCUACAGUACCUUUGAGUCUGAACCCACGUUUCUGGUAAAGAGCCCAAACUCACUUUCCACUGGCCAUGAUCUUGAGAUAUUGGAGCGCAUUGUGUGCUGCACUGGCCCGUGCUGCAUCCUGACUGGGAGCAAAGCCAUGACAGACAGCGAUGGGCUGAGUGGACAAUUCCACAAGACACUGGUACAGGCCACUGAGACUGCAUUCCUCUGGACAAAACACACGAGUAGAACAGAUUAAUGCCAACAACUUUCUUAGAGCAAUUCCUUCAAUGUCAAAAAGAUAACAGACAACUGCAUAUUAUACAUGUGCAUAAGGACAAUCUUUUGGAGCCAUAGAGCACUUUAUUAAAGAACUUUCCAUUUACAGAACACAUUAGGUCUGAUGACAUGAUUUUAUUAAUUUACUUACAUUUGGAAUAAACCCAGACAAAAAGGACAACCAUAAGAACUCAAUAGAAUAGUUUUAAUAAGAGUCCAGAGUCAACUUGCAAACUUUAAAACCGAAUUAAGUAAAAGCUGAUUGAAGCUUUUCAUUCAUGGUCAUGAUAAACUUUAACAUGUACUCCAAAUAAUUGGACCCCUAUAAGUGACUUCUAUAAUAGAUUCUACACUUCAAUGCUUCACAUUUAAAUGCACUGCUCUAUACACUUCUAUCCCCAUGUUCAGAUUUAGUGUGGUAAUGUAUGUUUAAAGAUGAAGUGACUGUAGAGGACUUAAGCGUUUGCGUCUUGUGUGUUCACAUGCUUGCAUGUUUCUGAUUAUGAAAGAAAAUGCUGUCAUCUGUGUGUGCCAAUUAAUUUUCCUAUUAAAAACAAUCCUACUUCAA